AUGAAUAAUAAUCAUGAUGACAAGCAGGAGGUCGGAGCACCCUUUCAGGAUGAACUUGAGGCGGCAGAAGCCAAGGACAAGGAAGCACUAUCGCAGCACCUUCAAUAUGUCGAUAAGUUGCUGGAGCGUAAGCGAAGCCUAUCGGUACAGGCCACGGGUCUCCUAGAAAAGAUAAAAGAACAACGGUCGGAGACGUCGAUAGCAGUGGAGGAGAUUCGCGAGAAGGGAAAGGCCGAAACUCUCGACGCUCAAGCCUUGUGGGCACAGGGAGAAGAUGCCCGGAGGGAAAAAUGGAUGGCAAAGCGGACGCAAGAGAUUCGCGAGCUGACGCUGAAGGGGCUGGAGCCGGAGAUCGAACGCAUCAUGGACAAACACAAGGCGGAGAUGGAGGAAAUCGAGCGAGGGCAUCACCGAGAGGCCCAGCGUCUGAGGAAGCAGGCGUCUCUCCGAGCGGACGAGGCUUUGAGCGAGGAGCGGGCGCGGGUGAGGGGCCGGGUCGAGCAAGCUCGGCGUCAGGCCAUGGAGGCCAUAGGCGAGAGGCGACAAGCGCUAACGGACAAGCACCAAGCCGACCUCGAGCGCUUGAGAAAGCGGGCAGCCGAGGAGGCAGAGACGCAGAGAAGGUACGACAAGGCGCGCACGGCACUCCUCGAAUUCAUCUAG